CAACCGAUUUAAUUAGUACACAAGAUGUCAAGUUUGUCGCUGCAACUUAAGGCUAUCAGUCUGAAAACGGCAUCGGUGGCCUUGGACCGUAAGUCACGUUCCAAGAUCCAUUCGAAGUCGCUUAUUUAUGACCCCAAAACAGCCGCUGCUCAAGAUUAUGAUUACAUCUAUCUGGUUUGUUUAGAAGGAUUUGAAGACUUGUGUGCCUUGGACAAUCGUUUCUACAAGUUCAAGCUGACCUUGUUCUCGGAAACUUCCAUUAAUUUGGAUAGAAACGUCCAACUGGCCGAUGUCAUUGAUGUCUUGAAUAAAAACAUCCAUGCCUUUUUGGCUCUCAUUGGUCCUUACUAUUUACUCACUCCAGCCAUUAAGGCCGUUGAAUGGUUAGUUAGAAGGUUCCACGCAAACAUCCACAAUGCAGAAGAUUUGCUCUUGACCCUGCUCCCAUUCUAUUCUCAUCCAAUUUUUGUUAAGAUGAUGAAUGUUGUACCAAAGCAAAAUGUACCAAAGAUCUUUGAAUGGUGUGUUGGUUACAAGGAUUUACUCAAGAGUCCUACUCUGGCCUCAUUAAUUAAAACCUUCAGUGACCCAGCCUUUUUCAAAUACUACUCUAUGUAUUUGGUAGAACAAUUGGAACAUGGUGUCGCCUUUAAAGAACAAUUGGUUCUCUUUUUGGCAAACUCUGUCCAAGUCAUAGCCUCCAGAAGUAGAGAUCCAGCCCUGUUGAGCGACGUGUUCCUUCCAGUUGUCCUUGAAGUCAUUUCCGAACUCUUGAAGGCCAGAAACGAUACCCAAUACUCAGUUGGCGUGCAACACGACGCCAAACUCACUGCAUACUCCAUUAUCUCGGUUUUGAAGUCAGUUGUUCCAAUGUCCCCAGAAUUGAUUGUUGGAUUGACCCAAACCAUCUUGUCUGACAAGUUGACCAUUCAACCUAAUUUGAAGAGACAAACGGUAAUUGUUUUGGGUCAAUUAUGGGCCCAUAUCGACAUCAAUGCCAUCAUGGCCACCACUCCUUUCAAAUCCUUACCAGUUCAAGUACUCCUUCAGGACAACUUGGCUGCUCAAUUGAAAGACGAUGGUUACAAGAUCUCCACCUUAAUCGAAGCCUACUUCCUCACCACCAAAUCAUUUGAAGUUUUCCCACUUGUUGAUGUAAAUAGUAGCAAGGACACUUAUGAAAGAAUUGUUCGUGCUGUUUUGGAAGCUUCUUCAGAAAGAGAUAUUCUUGAAGCAAGCAGACCACAACUCGUAUCCAUCUUUGAACAAUUGCUCAAAUUGGACGGUGACGUCUUCUCUUCAACCCUUGACAACUUCAAGAAGGGUUUCCGUAUCUCUGAUUUAGAAAUGAUGUUGAUGUGCACCUUGGGAGAACACGGUGACAAUGAAGCCGAUAUCGAAGAUAAGGAAAGCGAUGAUGCUGAAGAAAUUGAAGAACCAAUUGAAGAAGACUCCUUGACUGUUUUACAAUCUUUACAAAAGGAUCAAACCCCAACAUUCUUGACUUCGUCUACCCUGUCUUUCCAACAACUUACUCUUGCAUUGAUCCGCUUGCUUUCCCCAGCGGCUUCCUCUCCAGCUGCCCAAAGACAGUUGCUUGCCAAGUUCUCCAAGACUGUGUUUGUUUCUCCAGAAGCUUCUAUUUCUUUCUUCUUGAGAGUCGCAGUCACUGCUGCCGUGCCAUACUCGGUAAGAUUAUUAUCUCUUAGAUUCAUCAAGCGUAGAUUGAGAGAAUUGACUGGUCAAAAUGUUGACUUUUACCUUUUGACUCCACUUCUUGUUUUGGGUCUCUACGAAAAGGAAAAAUACAUCAGAGCUGCCUUUGUUGAGUUGAUCAAGGUUGUGCACGCCAAUAGCGUGAGACUUGCCAGUGUAAAGGGCAAGCAUGGUCUCUUCAUGGAAGAUACCAUCUAUGCAUCUACCGAAGCUUCCAACAGAUCAAUCAUUGCCCCAGCAGAUGGUCUUAAGCUUUUGGAACUCCUUACCAAGGAUUCUCCAUUGGAAAAUGUCGUUGUUGACCGUGCUCAACUCGCUCCAUUUGUUGGUGAAACUCUUUUCAAGGCUCAAAAGCCAGGUCAAAAGAAGUUUGGCCAAUUAUUGGUUAAGACCUUCCUUUUCAACCAAUGGGCUGGUUUGAAAUUGCCAAUCUCUUUCAAGUCAUUGGCUUGGGAAUUGUCUUCCAAGUUGAAUGAAAGCACUGCCUUUGAGUCUGACAUCUCUUCCUACUUUGCUUCUAGACAAUCUCUUAUUGAAAGCGCUAAGGAAGCUAAAUUAGAUUUCGACAAUGUCAUUGAACCAUCUAUUGUAGCAUUAGUCGGAAGUUCUAACGUUGAAUGGUUAUUAACUGGUCUUGGUAACUCUGAAGCUGCCAACCUUCAAACAUUGUGUAACGAACAGCUUCUCGAGGUUUUCACCAACUUUAAGACCGACUCUAAACUUCGUUUGACUACCAAGUUGAUUGAUCUCCUUAUCUCUGACGAAACUCCAGCGGUCGAUCCAAUGGAUACUCUUCAAUCGCUUACCUUUGAUCACGACUUGAUGCUUUCUGUUUUGAAGAAUGUUCAAAUCUCCACUUCUAUCCCAGAACAAGGGGUUCCAAAGAGAAGAAGAAGAUCUUCCCUGUCCACCCGUAGUGCUAUGGCUAGAGAUGAUAUCAACAACAUGGCUUCCGUGCUUCUUAAGAAGCUUACCAUCGUGUUGGAUCUCCUUGAAACAAACUUGAAGAGAGACGAAGGUGUUCAAAUUGCUCAACCAGACCUCCUUCAAUCUCUUUUCAAAUCUCUUACUGACUUGGAUUACCUUGGAAAUGAUGGUAACUUACCAGUUUUGUAUGCGCAAGAAACCCUUGCAUCUUGUAUGCUGCGUGCUAUCAUUCAAAUGAAGAAUGGUGGCAACCACACUCUGUUCGAUUCCAACUCCAUUCGUGCGGACCUUAUUGUUAACUCCAUCCGUUCAUCACAAUCUCCUCAAGUUCAAAACCGUUUGCUCUUGGUUAUUGCUGAAUUGGCUUCAUUGGCUCCAGAAAUCAUUCUUCAUUCUGUCAUGCCUAUCUUCACCUUUAUGGGUGCUCACACCAUUAGACAAGACGACGAGUUCUCCAACUCUGUUCUCCAACAAACCAUUUCUAAGGUUAUUCCUGCAAUUGCCGCUAAUGGAAGCACCUCUAUGAGUAAUGAGAUCGAGUUCUUACUCACUUCGUUUGCCGCAGCAUUCCAACAUAUCCCAAGACACCGUAGGGUUAAGUUAUUCACCACCUUGACUAAGACUUUGGGACAUGACAACUCCUUGCAUAUCAUUUUGUUCUUGAUGGCACAACAAUAUGCCAGCAAUGCCGCCAAGCUUAAGCUGCACGAGUGCCGUGCUGUCGUCGAAUUUGCUACUGCUGUUCUUAAGCAAUUUGAAGCUGAUGAACAAUUGCAAGCUGUUCAACAAUUUUACGGCUUAUGGUCAUUGAUUCCAGACCAACCUUUAGAAUCAGGAAGUGACCAAUUCAACGAUUUGAGUGGUAGAUCCAUCUUUGGUGCUGCUAUUUUGGCCUUGCCAAAGAGCGGUCUUCUUACUUUGAAGGCUGACCUUUUGCAGUUCAUUGAUGUUGUAUUGGGUAACCAACAAGACCGUGACCAACCACAAUUGGCAGACUCUUUGUCCAACUUGAAGAUGAAGAUUGCCUUAGUUCUCUUGGAAAAGAACAACGGGGAUUCUCAUGCUAUGGUUUUACAACCUUUCAGAGAGGCUGUUUCCUUUGUGUUAUCUUCUUUGGAAGCCUACACUUCUUCCAAAGACGAAGUUGAAGUUAUUCUCUCUAACUUGUACAAGUUGCUCACUGACUUGUUGGACUUGCUUCCACUCAACUUCUUCAUUGAGUCUAUCAUUGAACCUAUCAACGACUCCAAGUCAUUGAGCCCUCUUCUGAUUAAGAUCGCCCGUAACUUGUGUAUCUUGGCCGGUAGAAAGAUUGAAACUGAAUUGAACUCCAACAAUAUUGAUGAAGAUGUUACUAUUGCUGUCUUGAACCAUUUGUUGCCUGUUCUUGUGGAAAACAUCGACAAGAACUCCGAUAUUGCUCUUCAACAAGCUCUUUUGGACACUUUUGCCUCUAUUGUUAACAAGUUUGGUACUGCUAGUACUCAAUUGACCAUCCCAGCUAACGCCAAGUUAGUUGUAGAUGCCUUGAAAACCGUUACUUCUGAACAUUGUUUGUUGAACAACAGUACCGAAGUGAUCAUUUCUUCUAUCAACGUGAUUACUAGUAUUGUCAACAUUUUGGGAGUUAAGGUUAUUGGAUUCUUCCCUAAGAUUGUUCCUCCAGUUUUGAAGAUCUGGGAAAGUACUGUUGUACAAGAAGAAGAUGAUGAUGUAUCCAACGAUGCUGCUCAACUUCUUCAAACCGCCAUUCUUGUUCUUUUCUCUUGUUUUGUUAAGAAGAUGCCUGCAUUUAUGACCACCAACCUUGAAGCUGUUCUUCUUACCAUCCUCACCAGUGACCUUGUUGACAACACCAUUAGAUCCAACCUUUUACAUGUAAUUGUUGAACAUAUGGACCGUUCUCAAGUUCUCAAAUCAUUAUGUAACGUCUGGUGGAACAAGAAGUUCUACACCAACGAUAAUGUUGGAAACUUGGGAUUGUUCUUAAACACCAUGCAACUCACUGUUGAACAAAUCGAAAAGAAGACUGCUGCUUCUCAAGCUACUCUUUUCAUCAAGUGGCUUGUGCAAGCCUUUGAAUUCAGAGAUUACAUUGAACAUGAUGCUGAUGACAAGUUUGAUAACAACACCGUUCGUCGUUUGGAAAGUUCUUUCCACACUGUUGCUAUCACUUAUGCCAUGAAGUUGAAUGACAAGACUUUCCGUCCAUUAUUCGCCAGUUUGGUUAGAUGGGCUGUCAGUGGAGAAGGUGCUGCUGCAUCAUCUACUGAACAAUCCAGACUUCUUGCCUUCUUCAAGUUCUUCAACAAGCUUCAAGAGCAACUUAAGAGUAUCAUCACUCUGUACUUCACUUAUUUGAUUGACCCAGUUGCUGGUCUUUUACAAAAGUUUUCAGAAGGUAAGCUUGACAAUAUCAACUUGCGUCGUGUGAUUUUGAACUCAUUGACAACAUCUUUCAAGUACGAUCAAGAUGAUUAUUGGUCGCAACAACUGCGUUUCGAAACCAUCUGUGAGCCAUUGUUACAACAAUUGUACAACAUUGAAGACAGUAUCGGUAAGUACGUGGUAAAGGCCAUUGCCUCUUUCACUGUCAACGUCUCGCUGGAUGAAUACAAUGAAAAAUUGGUCCAUGGUAUGAUUCAAUACAUCUCUAACGAAAAUGACCGUGUAUCAUCCCAAUCUAAGAUUUGGGGCAUUCGUGUAUUGAAGGCCAUUUUCCAAAAGAUGGGAGAACAAUGGUUGAGCUACUUGCCUACCUUGAUUCCAUACAUUGCUGAAUUAUUGGAAGAUGAUGAUGAAGCCGUUGAAUUGGAAGUUAGAAAGGGUUUGGUUAGAGUUAUUGAAAACGUUUUGGGAGAACCAUUAGAUAGAUAUUUGGAUUAAAGAAAAAAAAGUUCAAGACA